GUAAUUUUAUUUUUACAUUUAGACUUGGGCCAGAUGUUGGAUCUUCAUGGGUCCUAAGUGGCCCCUAAGCCGGGAGUUUGAGGCCCCUAGCGUAAGAGGUUGGGGAAUGCUUUAUGUGAAGUACUCACAGCUCAUGGAAACCAGCCUGAGUGUGUGUUUAAGAGAUGGAGAAAAAGAAACAAAAAAAUCCCGCAGUCAUUCAGAACAGUGACGCUGACCUCUGCAGAGAAUACUGGAGACCACUACAAGUGGAACUCCCUGUAUAGCUCUGCUGUAACCUGAAGCCACGAAGAUGUGUGUGUGUCAGGGAGAGAGGGAGAGGGAGAGAGAGAGACAAGAAGGGGAGGGAGCCACUGAAGGGCCAGGGGAAGGUGAUGUCAGCUGAGUUCAGAAAGUAAACAGAGUUCCAGACUGCAGCAUGCUGUCUGCAGGACGGGGACUGCAGCCGGGGAAAACCCGCGGGGGUACCGGGAAAAAUACCUGGAGCAGCACCUUUAUCUCUGGCAAGCACGGCUGGCUCCUCUUUAUCUCCCUCGUCAUCUUCAUUUCCUUACCCCAGGGGGGAGCCUGGCCAUAUGAUUACAGGCACCUGUACAACAACUGCCCCGGUCCAGAAUGGAGUGUUAUGUGCAGAGGCUGCUGUGAGUAUGAUGUAAUCCGCUGUAAAUGUCCUCUGGAGGGGACUCGGGUGGGCUACGCCGUGCCCUGCUGUCGCAAUGCCAUCAACGAGUGCGACCCCUGUAUUAUUCAUCCAGGCUGCAGUGUUUUUGAGAACUGUAAACGCUGUAAUAAUGGAACAUGGGGUCCCAGGGACGACUUCUUUGUCAGUGGCAAAUACUGCACCGAAUGUCGUCCUGGUUGGUCCGGUGGAGAUUGCAUGAAGUGUGGUGGAAUAAUCCGUAAAAAGCAGGGCCACUUGGUGCUGGAGAGUUACCCCAACAACGCAAGGUGUGAGUGGACCAUACAGGUGGACCGUGCCUUUACUAUUGAACUCAAGUUCAUGAUGCUCAGUCUGGAAUUUCAUCAUUCUUGUCGCUACGACUUUGUGGAGGUCCGAGAUGGUGACAGCAUCAGGUCAAGGGUCAUUGGUCGUUUCUGUGGAAACAACAGGCCUCCUCCAAUCCAAAGCUCCGGAAACAGUUUGCAUCUACUGUUUGUGUCGGAUGGUUACAAGAACUUUGAUGGAUUCUUCGCCACUUUCCAAGAAAGCUCUGCUUGUAGCUCCUCCCCUUGCCUGCAUGAUGGGACCUGUAUCUUGGACAGUUCUUACACCUAUCACUGUGCUUGUCUGGCUGGUUAUACAGGCAAGAGGUGUGAACACGUGGUGGGAUGCCGCAGGCCUCCGGUGCCCACCCAUGGUUCCACACAGGGUGUGUUCCUCCACUCAGGCGCACGCAUUUCUUUCCAUUGCGAUCCUGGGUUUGAGCUUAAAGGGUUUUCUUCCGCUGUGUGCCUGAGCGAUGGCACCUGGAGUGCCCCUGCCCCAUCGUGUGUACCAGUGGAAAAAGUCUGUGCCCUACCACCCAAGCCAAAACACGGGGACCACUUUCUGGUUUACGGGCCUAACGAUGUCCUCAUAGCACUGCAGUAUCUCUGCUACCAGCCAUAUGAACUCAGCGGGACGAACCAGAGAACCUGUCUCCCAAACAACACCUGGAGUGGGACUCCUCCUGUUUGCACCAAAGUGAAUAACACCCUCAUUGAAACAGAAGACAAACACAUUAUAAAAGACGUAGACCAAGCCAAAGACAUCAGUGAUAACACGAAGACCAAUAAAACCAGAGAAGACGACCAAGAAAACACAACCGGGGGAAAUGAAAGCAUUGAUGGUGAAGACAUUGCUACUAGUCAUGAAAAUGCAACAGCAGUAGAUGAAGAUGACAAACGCACCACGGCCACUGAGGAGAAAUCUGUGGGUGAAGAUAGGGAUGAGGGAGAACCUGAGGAAAGAACAAGUUCUUCAGAGAAACCGACAGCAAGCAGCAGAGAUACAGAGAAAGGCCAAGAUGCUGAGAACAGCCUGAACACAGUUGAAGAGAAAGAACACGAGGGAACUAAACAGCCAAACACAAACACAGACAAUGAAGACAAGGACAUCACAGACCCAGUUGUUGUCAAUAAAGGACAGGAAGAGGAGGAAAGGAAAGAGAAGCAGGUAAACGGUAAGAAGGACAGGGACAAAGUGGGGCCCAAUGAUACCAAAGUGACGAGAGUGACGUCUGAGGCCGAGAACACCGUGGAGAUAUUUCAAAUAGAAAUAUCUAAGAAUAGCACAGUCUCACAUACGGUGAAGGAGUUACAGCCAGAAAAUAACACUAUAGGUUCAUCAGACACUGAGAAGAAAAGUAUUCCCACGAAGCUGAACAUCACACAGUACACUCUGUACAGAGCAGGAGGCGAAGAGCCGGAAAGAGCAAAGGAAAAGACAACGGUUAAGGACGAGAAGACGGCCGGGACUAAUGCCGAGAAAGCAAAGGACACGGGCAAAGAGAAAGAAAAUGAAGAGAAGAAAAAAGAAAAAGAGAAGGAAAAAAACCAAAGCUUUACCGAGAAGAACUGUCCUCCUCACCCCCGUCUCUACCAUGGCUACCACCAGGUGGUGCCAGGGUUGGAGCCGCAAACAGUGGAGCUCAUCUGUAACCACUCAUAUGUUCUCAGCGGAGAUGCCCGACGUACCUGCCAGCCGGAUGGCACCUGGAGUGGCAAACAACCGCUGUGUCUCAGAGCAUGUCGUGAGCCCAAAGUGUCAGAGCUGGUGAAACAAAGAGUUCUUCCACCUCAGACUCCGUUCAGAAAGUCACCUGUGCUGAGGCUCUACUCCUCUGUGCUGGCCCCACAGCUGCAGUCUGACUCUCCCACACACGGUCCUCCGUCUCUCCCACAGUUGCCCCCGGGGUACCACCAGCUGUACACACACAUAGAGUACGAGUGUGCCUCCACGUUUUACCACCACUCCGGAAGCUCACGCCGCACCUGCCUGAAGACUGGCAAAUGGAGCGGACGUCAUGUGUCCUGCUCACCAGUGUGUGGGAAGCAUCCAACCUUUGACCAAGAGAGGCCAGUCGACUCUCACUGGCCUUGGCUGGCAGCCAUCUACCGCCGCUCCUCCAACGGCAUGAAGACCAAGGUGACCAAGGCAGACAGCCUGGCGAGGUCCCCGAAGAAAGAUGUCGGAGCUACAGCAGGUCACCGCCACAGUCAGGCCUCUGACUGGCUGCUGGUGUGCAGUGGAGCUCUGGUCAACCAAAGGAGUGUGGUGGUGGCGGCUCACUGUGUGACAGAGCUGGGGAAAGUUUAUCCUCUGGAUACGGUGAAGAUCAAAGUGGUGGUGGGAAAGCAUCACCGUGACGACCAGAGGGACAGUAAAGGUCUGCAGCACCUAAGAGUGGCUUCUAUUGUAGUUCAUCCAAACUAUGACCCCAACAUUCUGGACUCAGAUAUUGCUGUGGUGAAAUUACUGGACAAAGCAAGGAUUGGGGAGAGGGUCCUGCCCCUCUGCUUGUCAGCUAUCCAGGAAGAGGAGGUGACCGCAGGACAGGGGCUCGUCACCGGCUGGUCUCCACUGCCGGAUCCUGACUUAGGCCCUGACGAGAAGGCGAGGGUGGGGCUUGUCCACCUGGCUGAUGUCGUGCCUUGUGAGCAGCAGUACGCUCGUAAUGGGGUACCAGUCAGCGUUACAGACAAUAUGCUUUGUGCAGGUGAGAAGCCUGACUAUGGAACCUCGAACAUAUGUCCAUCUGACACGGGGGGCAUCCUUGUGUCCCCUGCUAACCCCAACGAGAUUCAGGGGGCGAACGCAGGGCUGUGGAGGCUCCUGGGUCUGGUCAGCUUUGGUUAUGAUGAAGGAGAGUGUGAUCCUGGCCUUUACACGGUCUACACACGUGUAUCUAACUUUAAAGACUGGAUCGAGAGCAAUAUGAAAUAACAGUAAACUGUCUGAUUCGUACAAAGUGUUUAACUGCUUCCAUACCUUUUUAUUCUUUUUCCCCACUUUUGUGUCCAAUUUUAAACUAUUGAUCGUAUUUUGCACAAUGGCAUUUUCUUUCUAAAUGCAGAAGCAACACUGGACAACACAGUGCUCUAACUGAAGGGGGUGCUAAUGCAUUAGAUGUGCUGGGCAUUAACCUUUAAUAAGAAGUGUUCAGGUCCCACAACCUGAGCCUACAGACUUGAACAAAUGACCAGAGGACCACUUCCUGUAUCUAUAUUUGUGUUGUACCCAUUGGUUUGUACAUAUGUAACGAAUGAUCAGUGUAUACUCAAGAUGUACAUAUUGCAGGCUGAAAAAAGUUCUGAUUAAAGGUUAAGUAAAAGCUGUCAUAAUGGUUUUUAACAGAAUAUUAAUAGUGUUGACGUAAUACGAGUUACAUUUGACCGAUGAUGAACAGACUCUCAUUAUCUGGAGAUGAUGUAAAAAGGGAAACACCUCAUGUUUGCUCCAUGAAGCACACAUUAAGUCAGUGUGGUAAAGCAAAUGAAUCCAGGUCAGAGCAGCACACGUUCAUAAACAGAGCACAUUAUUCACAGAUCAAUCGUCUCCUCGGCGCUCAAAUUAAAUCAAUUACUUCCAUUCUGACUCUCCUUUAUGAUUCAAUUGUGAGUUUCCAUCCAGAGAGAUGCUGCGGUUCGUAUUGACAUCCAAAAUUGGCAAUAAAGAAAGAGGUUGUUUUACGGACAUGAAUGGCUAAGAAACUCCAGCUGUGGGCUUAAUUUGAAUUUAAAUUAUUCUCUUUUCAAUUAAGGGUGAGUGGAGAAUGGAAGUACAGGGGAUCCUUGACUCACAUCAGGGUUUUGCUGUAUGGAAGUAACAAAAAUUGGAAAUUGGAAAAAUGAAAAUUGAGUUAGUCACAGUGUUUUGUCAAACCUGUGAGCCAUAAUGAAUGAUCCUUCUCUUAAUACGUUUUUUUUUAAUCAAACAAGAAAGUGACUUUUUUAAUAUAUCAAAAACAUGGUGAGACACUUAUUUGACUAGCACACCUUUAUCUGAAAGCAAAUCUUACUCUGAUAAAUGUUUUAUUUCAAGGGGACAUUUUCUCGAUUUUACUAUUGACAUUUCUCAUCAAUAAUUCUAUGUGCACAUGUUCAAAAAAUCUAAACUCUUCCUUUCAUUUCCAGGUACUUUUGUAACUGAUGGAUAAAUAAUCAACAUUUCCUUCUCUGUAAAUUGCCUAUUAAAAAAAACGUAGACCUCCAUUGUCUA